GGUCACGUGGUAGUGGCGGAAAGGAUGGAUCGCCGCCGCGGGAGUGCGCUGCGGAAGCGGCCGUCGGCGAUAGACGCGGGGUACGCCCGCGAGACGGAGAGGGGCGGCGGGGGCAAGACAGGCGAGGGCGAGGAGCCGGUGAGCCCGACGGGGCGGUUGUUCCGGGAGCCGCACUUCAGCUGCUACAUCGUGUCCGUGUUCGGCCUCGGCGCGCGGGUCGACCUGGCCGGCGUGCGGGCCGGGCUCGAGGCCACCCUCGCGCGCCACCCCCGCUUCUGCAGCGUCCAGGUGAUGGACGAGCUGGAGGAGGACGCGAGGCCCAAGUGGGUCCGGACCACGGUGAACCUCGACGACCACGUCAUCGUCCCGGACCUGGACCCCACUGCCACGUCCGCAGACCCAGACCGGGCCUUGGAGCACUACGUGUCGUCUCUGUCCACGCUCCCCAUGGACCACUCCCGCCCGCUCUGGGAGCUGCACGUCUUCGACUUCCCCACCUCCGACGCCGCCGCCGCCGUCGUGCUUCGCGUGCACCACUCCGUCGGCGACGGUGUCUCGCUCCUGUCCCUCUUCAUCGCCUGCACCCGCCGCGCUGCGGACCCGGACGCGCUGCCGGAGCUGCCGACCACCGGCGCCCCCCGUCGCGCUGGCCCCGCGUACGCCCUGCGUUCGCGCCACUCGCCGUCGUCAUGGGGCGCCCUGGCGGUCCUCGCCGCGUGGGUCGUGUCGCUGCUCGUGCUCGCGUGGCACACAGUGGUGGACGUUUUGUGCUUCUCCGCGACGGCGACGUGGAUGCUGCGCGACCCGCCGACGCUGUUCAAGGGCGCGGAGGGCGUGGAGUUCCGGCCCAAGCGCUUCGUGAACCGCACGCUCAGCCUCGACGACGUCAAGUACGUCAAGAACACCAUGAACUGCACCGUAAACGAUGUGCUGCUUGGGGUGACGUCUGCGGCGUUGUCUCGGUUUUAUUUUCGGAAAACAGGAGAAAGUGGUAGAAAGAGCAUCAAGGUGCGGUCCACUCUUCUUGUUAACCUGAGGAAGACGCCCGGUCUACAUGCACUGGCUACGAUGAUGAAGUCCGGCAAGGACAACGGGGCCGAGUGGGGGAAUCGGCUUGGCUACAUGAUACUCCCGUUCCACAUAGUGCACGGCGACGACCCUCUCGAGUACGUCCGGAAGGCCACCAAGGUUGCGCGAAGGAAGAAGAGCUCAAUGGAAUCGAUCUUCACCUACUGGAGCGCGUCCAUGAUAAUGAAAUUCUUUGGAAUCAAGGCAGCAGCUUCUCUGUGCUACGGCAUGAUGAGGAACACCACUCUGUCCUUCUCCAACAUGGCCGGUCCAACCGAGCAGGUGGUGUUCUACAGCCACCCGAUUGUCUACAUUGCCCCCAGCGUCUAUGGCCACCCACAUGCACUGACCAUGCAUUAUCAGAGUUAUAUGAACAUUAUCAAGCUAGUACUAGCAACAGAGGAGGAACAGUUUCCGGAUGCUCAUGAGCUUCUGGAUGACUUUGCCGUGUCUCUCAAGCUCAUUCGGGAGGCAGCUUCAGGAAAAAACACAGGACACACAUAAGGAUGUUGAUCAGUAGAAUGUACUCCCUCUGUAAAGAAAUAUAGGAGCGUUUAGAUCACUAUUAGAUAGAUACGGGUAGAUGGAUGCGUACAAAAAUUUCCAAAGAUUCUCGACGUAGUAUUACAAUGGUAGGGCUCGACCAUAGAUUUUCUAAAGGUUCUUGAUGUAUUCUUCCAUUGGUAAGGACUGGCCAUGGUAUUUCCAAAUAUUCAUGUAUUGCUGCAAUUGCAGCGUUGUGGGGAUCGGCCAUCUGUGAUGGACAUUACGCGUAAGAAACAGAGUUGAAUGCUUUA